UGGUUAACCCGUGAGGAUUCGCGGGUCGUUUCCAAGUCAUCUCCGGUUUCCAUUUCCAGAGUUAACGUUUGCGGCCAUAAACCCUAAACCCCUGCAUUCUCCACUCCGAUGUGAUAAUCUGAGUGAGCAAUGACAAUCCACUCUGUUGUGAUCCAGAAGCUUCUGAGCACGAACGCUCACAUGGGUCGGCGCGUUGCCGUCGACCACUUCAAGGUCUACACUUACGGCAUCCGCAACGGCAUGGCCAUCAUCGACUCCGACAAAACCCUGAUCUCCCUCCGCAACGCCUGCGCCUUCAUUGGUUCCCUGGCCCGCCUGAACGCCCGUUUCAUGUUCGUGAACACCAACCCGCUGUUCGACGAGAUCUUCGACCAGAUGACCAAGAAGAUCGAGCUCUACAACCCCAACCAGAACUCGCUCUGGCGAACUGGUGGGUUCCUCACCAACAGUCGUAGCCCCAAGAAGUUCCGCUCUCGCAACAAGAAGCUCUGCUUCGCGCCUCCGCAGCUUCCUGAUUGCGUUGUCAUCCUCGACACGGAGAGGAAAUCUUCGGUGGUCUUGGAGGCCGAUAAGCUGCAGAUUCCGGUCGUGGCUCUCGUGGACUCCACCAUGCCGCUCGAUAUUUAUAAGCGUAUCGCCUACCCAGUUCCUGCCAAUGAUUCCGUGCAGUUUGUGUAUUUGUUCUGUAAUUUGAUCACCAAGACUUUUCUGUUGGAGCAGAAGAGGUUAGGCACCACGCCAAAAGAAGAUUCUACUAGGGCUGAUCAUCCUUCCAAGAAGGAAAACGGUGAGGCAGUGAAACGCAUUGAGGAGGGCAAGAGCGGGAAUGUCGAAUUUUCUAGGGAUGAAGUGCUAGUUGUUCCUUGGGAGAGCCUGGCUCCGAUUUCCAGAGAUAGAGAUGAAAUUAAGGAGCUUUUGGAUAAACUCGUUGUGCUGAAGUUCAAUGGAGCUUUGGGUACCGAGAUGGGUUUUGAUGGCCCUAAGUCUGCAGUUGAAGUUUGUAAUGGGAUGACACUUCUGGACAUGAUUGUUAAUAGAAUUGAGUCUCUCAACUCCAAUUACGGAUGCAAUAUUCCUUUGCUUCUUAUGAACACAAGCAAAACAAAUGACGAUACGGUGAAGGUUUUGGAGAAAUAUCCCAAGUCAAACAUUGUGAUGCUGAAAUCAUUUGAUGGACAGACUAGUGAGAAUGAAUCGUAUUCUUUUGACCACGAUGCUGUGUUCCUUUCUUUGAUGAACAGUGGAACCCUUGAUGUGCUAUUAUCACAGGGUAAGGAGUAUGUUCUUGUGGUUGGCUCAGAUAAUGUUGCUGCUGUCAUUGACCCAAAAAUUUUAAAUCAUUUGAUUCAAAACAAGAUCGAUUAUUGUAUGGAGGUCACCCAGACCCCCUCAUUCAAUAUGAAUAACGGUAUUCUUAAUUCAGAGCAACAAAAUUUCCAGCUUACUGAAAUUUCAAGGAAACCUGUUCCACAUUCGACGGACAAGUUUAAACUUAUUGAUACAAGAAGCCUGUGGGUGAACUUGAAAGCAACUAAAAGACUUUUGGAUACUGAUUCACUAAAGUUUGAGAAAGAUUUUAUCACUAAGGGUAGAGAAACAGCAGCUGGUUCAGUAAUACGGUUCUUUGAUCGUGCAAUUUGUGUUAAUGUCCCCCAAACUCGUUUUCUUCCGAUCAAUGGAACAUCAGAUUUACUUCUUCUCCAGUCAGAUCUGUACACCUAUAGCAAUGGCAUUUUAGUUCGAAAUACAGCGAGAACGAAUCCUGUAAAUCCUUCAAUUUCUUUGGGCCCUGAAUUUGGAAAGGUAAGUGACUUCCUAAGUCGCUUUAGGUCCAUUCCUAGCAUCAUUGAGCUGGAUAGCUUGAAGGUAAACGGUGAUGUGUGGUUUGGAACAGAUAUAACUCUCAAGGGGAGAGUAAAUGUUGUUGCGAAACCUGGUAUGAAGGUGGAAAUUCCUGAUGGAGUAGUACUCCAGGAUAAGGAUAUCUGUGAACCUAUGGACGUUUGAGUCUCUAGUGAGUGAUUUGGAUAAGCUGCAAGGAAUUGGUAGAUAGAAUGUGCUGCCGAAUAUCUUCGUUUCGAGUGGUAAGAGCUGCCUUUGUUGCAGCUAGAGUCGCUCACAUUGCAUUAGUUUUUCCCCAGAAUGCAAAGGACGCAAUGCACCUUCUAAGGGCAUUAACACAUGAAGGUUAUUCCGUUUUCUUUGAAUUUUGAAUCCCUGUAGUGUAAUAAUUCAUCGGGGUCUCACCAAGACAAGGUUGAUCUCUUUGGAGCUGGAACUGCAACUCCAUCCUCAAUAGCAAUUGAUUUUGAGCA